AGUACUGCGGCGUAGUAACACGCCGGUGUCUCUGGGUUGAGGUUUCCGGGCAACUGUACUGCAACACCGGUAUACAGACUCAACAGAUUUUCUGAAACAUACAUUAUAAUAAAGUCUGGGAAAUUUUGAGUACUUCAUUGGAGUAACUGAGAGAGGCUGAGCUGCAUACAAAACUAUAUUGGGCUUUUGUUAUCUCCAAGGAGCCUGAAAAGUCGACGCGACAAUGGCUGAUCAGCUGACUGAGGAGCAGAUUGCUGAAUUCAAGGAGGCGUUUUCACUGUUUGACAAGGAUGGUGAUGGUACAAUCACUACCAAGGAGCUUGGCACUGUGAUGCGCUCUCUGGGACAGAACCCCACUGAGGCGGAGCUGCAGGACAUGAUCAAUGAGGUGGAUGCUGAUGGUAAUGGAACAAUUGACUUUCCUGAGUUCCUGACCAUGAUGGCUAGGAAGAUGAAAGAUACAGACAGUGAGGAGGAGAUCAGAGAAGCCUUCAGAGUCUUUGACAAGGAUGGUAAUGGUUACAUCAGUGCAGCGGAGCUACGGCACGUCAUGACCAACUUAGGGGAGAAGCUGACUGAUGAGGAGGUGGACGAAAUGAUCCGCGAGGCUGACAUUGAUGGUGACGGUCAGGUCAACUAUGAAGAGUUUGUCCAGAUGAUGACUGCCAAAUGAAGAGAGCACUGAAAUGUCUCUCAAUGUUGCUUGUCCUCUUAAGAUCACUGUCUUUAAGAACCAAAAAAAGAGCAAUUAUCAAAUGAAAAACUAACUUCCCCCCAAAUUCACUUACCUGUAGCAUUUUGCAAUUUGUGCUUCAGUACAUCCAACUACUUCGAAGGUAUCUGUUUAGCAAACACCAACAGAAUAAUCCUGAGAGAAGUUAAUGGACCAAGCUUUUAGAGGGCCGAAGCCCCUGUACUUCAGACCAAGAUUCCGCUGAGUCACCCAGCUCCUGAUUAAUUUAUAGGGAAGAGCAACACUGAAAGGGCAGAGGGGACUAGAACCCCUGCCACGGUUUGUUAGAGAAGUUGGCUAUUUUAAUUCUUUCCAAAUCUUCUGCAGACAAUUGACUCUCUUGCACCAGUGAUGAUUUUCUAAAUACUGAAUUGAAUACUCUUCUUGCAUGCUCCCUUUCUGUGGCGGUCUCUUGUCGCAACAAGGAAGCUCUGAUCUCUUCAGAGGUAGCAGUCAGAUGGUGUACACACCGGAGGUAUAUACAUAAAUAUAUAGCUAUAUAUCUGUAAAAAUUAAGUGUCACUAUUGAUUAUUGCCAGAGCAGAUAGUUGAAGUGUAGGGUGUUCAUUGGUGCUCAGUUUCAGAUGAGCAUUCUUAUACCGUGAAGGUUUCGGACAAGAACGAUAAACUGAGAAGCACUGAAGGGUUUUCCCUCCUGUGGGAUGUUAUGUUGUCUUGUUUUGAAUCAUGGGCUUCACCUUGCCUGGUUGGAGACAGUAAUGUGUUGUAUUGCUUCAGGAUGAUGUUUGUGAAAACACACUUGUGGGCUGCAGUUUAUACAUUUGUUCUGCAAGCAAAUAUCCUGAUGAUACAAUAUUGAUGUAAUGCUUUAUAAAUGUGUUCUCAAAUAUUAAUGUAUUUAUGACAAACUUUGGUCACAAAAUAUAUCUAUAUAUAUAUUAGUGUAUCGUAAAGUUUGCAUUGCCUAUUGAUGUAGUAACUGACCUGUGACAUGUUUUCUCUUUGAUUUUGAAAUGUGCCAUAAUACGCCUCAACCUUCUUGCAAGACUUGUAGUUCAUUAGAAUUUAAUAAAUCUACUUAAUAUAAUGACAUAAAAAUACAUGCAGCUGAACAUAUUUGCACUUUGGUGUAAACCACGUGUAUAUUAAAAAGGUUUGUUCUUAAAAAAAAAAAAAAAAAAAGAAACCAGAUGUCACUGUUGCUGCUGCUA